CAAUUCUGCUAUAUAUAAUCCUCUGCAUUUCCAUCUUUUUGUUUCUUGAAAAACAUUAUUUCGAUCAAAUGAAGAUCCAGUGCGAUGUGUGCCACAAGGCCGAAGCUUGUGUGUUCUGUGUUGCAGAUGAGGCCGCCCUCUGUCAAUCCUGCGACCGCAGAAUCCACCACCCCAACAACAACCACCCUACGUUGUCCCUCCUUCAACCUUCACCUAAACACUCCCCUCUCUGUGAUAUCUGUCAGGAGAGGAAGGCAUUCUUGUUUUGUCAGCAAGACAGGGCUAUACUAUGCAGAGGUUGUGAUGUUGGUAUACACAAGGCAAAUGACCAUACCCAGAAGCACAACAGGUUUCUUCUGACUGGUGUUAAGAUCUCUGCAACUUCUUCUGCUCCCCAUUCUUCUUCUUCUUCAUCAUCAUCAUCAUCACCCACAAAUCACACUCAAAACCCCACAAAUAUUAAGCCUGCUGUUAGUCCUUAUGAUGGUGAUAAGGGUGGUGGAAAUGGGGAAUUGAUGAUGACUAGUAGCAGCAUAUCAGAAUACUUACAGAUGUUACCAGGCUUCCAUGUUGAAGAGCUUCUUGAUUCCUCUUAUGGCUUCUGCAAGAUUGGUGAUGAUAAUGAUGUGUUGCCAUUUUGGGGUAGUGAUGAUCUUGAGAGCAAUCUAAGCACUUUCAGCUCAGAAAUCACACCUGCAACUACAGCUUAUGGUGGGAUCAAGAACUCCAUGGAAGCUGCAAACAAGAGCAGCAGAAAGUGGAGAGAUAAUAACAAUAAUUCUUUUGCAGUGCCACAGAUCAGUACAUCUCCCUUCACAUUCAAGAAAUCAAGAACUCUAUGCUAGCUAGCUAGGAUAUCCAGUGAUGAUGUAUUAUAUCAACCAAACAUCUAUAAUUUUCUCCAAUUUCUUUCUUAUUUUCCCCACUUUGUAAAUAGCUACGAAUGAAUGAAUCAAUAAAAUAUGUGUUGGUUUUA